AUGACGCUAAAACUUGUGGACCUUCAUGUGUUCACUCAAGGGAGCGAAUUCGCCGCAGCCCCGCAGCGCGCGUCAAACGCUUCCUCCCGUCCCCGCCUGCCGCGGCCGGGCCCUCCCCGCCGGCAGGGGGCGCUCGCCAGGGCCGGCGGCGGGCGCUGCCCGGCCACUCCCAGCCGGAGCCUCGUUGCCUGGUUACGGAGCGCGUCCCUUCCCCGCCCACCUGCUCCGGCGGCGGCGGCUCCCGCUCCAGCUGCGGUUGCUCCUGCACCCCCGGGCCCGGUUCCUUUUCGUGCCCGGGGCCACCAGGGCCGUGCGGGGCGAGGCGGGUGGCUCUCCCGCGCGGGGCCUGUGUCGGUGCACGGCAGGCCGCUGCCCUGUCUCGUGCCUGUGCCGCCGGCGCCCGGCUGCGGGCCCCGCCACGCUGUGAGGGUGGUGACUCAAAGAAGUAAAGCUGUAGUAGAAGACAGUGCUGGCAAAAACCAUAGAAAUUACUCUGAAAAAGUUAACAGAGAAAAUGCUACUUGUGGUUAUGAAAGUACAGCUGUAAAACUACCAGUAAUACCAGCAUUUGUAGGUACCACUAAAAAAAUUGUAAUGGUCAAGCAUUCAACACCACCUCAGAAGUCAAGUUACUGCAGGUCCAAUUCUCAAGUUAAUAGUUCCCCUAUGUCAUUAGAAAAGACAAAAGCUGUUAACAAAGUAAAAGAUAGACUGCAUAAGCUACAGGUGGAUCCCCAGAAUUUAAAAAGAGAUAGAACUCAAGAAACUGAUACUGUGAUUAAAGGUAAUGAUGAAUUUAGCUCUACAGAUUCUGAUACAAGUAAAAACAUUUCAAGAAAGGGAAGUGUAGCCAGGGAAAGCUGUAAAAAGAGAAGCAGAGUAAUUUCAAAAGCAAAGCAACAAGAGUUAGAUGUUGAAUCAGGAAGAGUGCUGAGAAAAGGAAGCAAGCAGCCGAGUGUGAGGUCUGCUCAAGAACAGUUGGAAGAGGCAAGAGAUGUGACUAGACCAAACACUUCAAAGGUAUACGAGAACUUCCAGCAGAGCGAACCUGAAGAGCCUGCUUCCACACCAGCAUUGCCUGUGAAAGUGGUUGCAAGGUCUAUUGAUGAAAUAAUUGCUUCCCUGCAGACUACUUCUCCAUCUCCCUCAGACCAAAUGAUCAAAGAGCUCCUGGAGAGUGCUCUUGGCCAGAACUACAACAUAAAAAUGGAAACAUCAGUAGUUCAGAAAGUAUCUCAAUCAAGAGAAAAUGAUUCUAAGCCUAAAGAUGAGCUUUUAACAUCUAAUAAGCAGGUGAAGCAGAGCAAUGUUAUCAAGGAUCUUGUAUUUGAAGACUUUUUCACUGAUGAAGAAGAGUUAGAAGCUGAGCAAGAUGAUAAUGAUUUCUAUGAUUAUGAGCUGGUGUGUAUUCUGACAAAUUUGAUUAAAAGAUCAGUCUCUGCUCUGGAGAUGACUGGAGAUGACAAAGGUGAAACUACAUUAAAAAUAUCAGCCAAUUUCAAAACCAGCAUGAAAGAGUUGGAGGUUAUGAAGCAAUGGAUAACUGAGCCAGCGACUGGGAAAAGCUCAUCUACUAAGUGUCUAUUGAAUCAAAUCUGUGAUGAUUCACAGUCAAUGCAGACAGACAUACUAGUGGAAAAAAUGCCUACUUCGAUUGGACAAGAGAAUAGAGAGAAUGGCAUUGUUCUUGUGGGGAGCCCUCAGAAGGCUGAGAUUAAAUACACUGUUUUCCCAAGAAGAAAGAAAACAAAGAAAUCAAAGAAAAUAAUAAACCCUAGAAAAUUGAAAGCUGUGAUUAAGAAAUUAAGUCAACCCCCGAAGAUUCUUAAAAGGUCUGUAUCUCUGGGAAGGCUUCCUAUUGAUGAUAAAUUCAGUAUCAAAGUGUCUUCUGCAAUCAAAAAGUACCAGAGCCCCAGCACCCCUUGUUUGUUAGAUUUUGAAGAGUUUGCAAAAGUGAGAGGUGGAAUUCCAAAAGAAACUUCUGCUCGCAUGUGGGUCAGUGGAAUAUGGAACUGCUGGUUUGAUGAAGUUUUCCCUCCUAAUAGCACUGCUUCUGAGGAGAAGGAUACUGAAUUGCUAAAAGGAACUGAGAUUGUGGAUUCUGAAGAAGCAAAUCUCCAAAUAGAACUAGUUAAUUCAGUACAGCCUGUUCUUCUUGAAGGUGCAACAGUUAGUAUUGAAGAUUUAGAAAAAGAGGUAAGACGACUGACUGAGCUAAUAGAAAAGGAAGAGCAUCCUUCAGCUUUUCACUACUGCAGGCGUGGAGCAAUACAAAGAAAGUUAGGCAAGUUAAAAUCAGCUAUGGGUGAUUUGGACAAAGCUAUAAGCUUAGAACCCCUACUUCUUAAUGCUUACUGGCAUAGACAUUUGAUAUAUCUCUUUCAAGACAAAAUUUCUGAUGCUUUGGAUGACCUGAAUUUUAUAAAAAAAUGGAACAAAAAUAAGGCAGAUACAUACCAGUCAAUGGCUGAAAUUUACAGGAAACAAGGUAAUAAUACAUUGGCAAUCAGCAACUAUAGCUCUGCAAUUCAAUGCAACCCUACAGAUGAUGACAUUUAUUUCAGGAGAGCUGAGUUGUAUUUUGAGGAAAAACAAUUUUCAUUAGCCAUGGAUGAUUAUGCCAAAUGUUUUCAGUGUAACCCAAAAAGAACAGAUGCACUUAUGAAACAUGGAACACAUUUCUUUGACCGUUCAAUAUUGACUACAGCUAUUCAGGAUUUUACAGCUGUGAUCAAGGAAGACCCCAGCAAUGCUCAGGCAAGACUAUAUAGAGGAAGAGCAUAUGCUAAGCAGCAAGAGUACAGAAAUGCAAUACAAGACUUAGCAACAGCUAUUCAUCUAGACCCUUCUUGUUGGUUAGCAUUCUACUAUAGAGGUUGCAUACUACAACAGGCUGAUCCAAAAAGAGCUUUGCAGGACUUCAGUGUUUCCGUACUCAUCAAUGACACUCAGGAAAAUUUCUGUUCUUUUCUUCAUCGUGGGAUUGUUUACUCAGAACAGUGUCAAUGGUCACUUGCAAUCUGUGACUUUGAAAGCGUCCUAGCUUUGGACAGGUCUGUUGUCUUUGCUUACCUAAGUAUUGGUUUGAUUCUACUGUUGCAUCUCAAUCAGUACUAUGAAGCUAUUCAACAGUUUACGUAUGCCAUUGGAAUUGAUCCUCUCAAUGUUCAAGCCUAUGUAUGCAGAGCACAAGCAUACCAUAAGAUUCAUAAUUUACCAAAUGCUGUGAAGGAUAUAAACCGAGCCAUUCAUCUUUAUCCAAAUAAAUCACAUCUUUUCAUAUUAAGGGGCCAAUAUUUAAUGGAGUUGAGGAAAUAUGAGCUGGCAAGUUUAUGUAUUCACCAACUUGCAGAAAUUAAUGACGAAUUUGUUACAUCUCAGCCUGUUCGGCAAGCACUCAUUCUGUCAUUUUGUCAAAAUCACAAUAAGGCCAUAGAGUGCUUACAGGAAGCUACUGCAACUCAACCUGAGCCUUCAAUGUUUGUUAUUUUAGGAAAAAUAAAAAUGAAAGCCAAGAAAACUGAGACAUUUGAGACUGCAGAAAUAUAUUAUCUCAUAGGGCUGUGUUACCUGAAGCAAAAAAGUUUAUUACAGGCCUGUAAUGCUUUUAGUAUGGCUAUCAGACUACAUUCAAGUUACCCCGAUGCUUUUUAUCAGCGAGGACUGUGUAGAAUGCAGCUCGGAGAAGCUAACUGCAUCAGAGAUUUCAAUCAAGCACUUGCUCUUUGUCCAUCACAUUUCCAGGCAUAUAUGAGUCGUGCCGCUUACUAUGCAAGUAAAGGUAGAUACUCUAAAGCAAUUAUGAAUUGCAACGAGGCGAUCAAAAUUCUUCCUAACAGUGUGCAAGCUUACUUUUACAGAGGAACUUUAAAGUAUCAAAAUAAGACAAUUAAAGCUGCAGUUGAAGAUCUUUCCAAAGCUAUUGACCUCAACAAAACUUGCAUUUUGGCAUAUUAUAACAGAGCAAUCUGUUAUCAUCAAAUAAAGGACUUCAGAAAGGCUUUGAAAGAUUAUGGAAUUCUUCUUCUGUUUGAAUUGAGUAAGGAAAUAGCUUUUAAAGUGUUAAUUAAUCGUGGACUAUUCUACAUGGAACUUGAUGAUUAUGCUAAUGCAUGUGAGGACUUUAAAGAAGCAACGUUGCUUAGUCCGGAUGAUAGCCGGAUCUUUGAAGCUAUUGGAAUCUGCUGUCACAGACUUCAUGAGUUUGAAGAAGCUGUGAGAUCAUUUGACCAGGUUCUCAAACUGGAUCCUUUUUCUGUGGAUGCCUAUGUUGGACGUGGAAAUUCAUACAUGGAAAAUGGACAUGAGACUGGUUGUAAACAAGCACAGAAAGAUUUCUUGAGAGCAAUUCACUUGAAUCCAGAGUGUAUAAAAGCCAGAAUUGGCUUAGGAUACAACUUGCAGAUCCUUGGAAAGCUUCAGAGAGCAUGGAGCCAAUUUACAGCUGCCAUUUGCAUUGAUUCAAAAUGCCAUGCUGCAUAUGAAGGACGAGCUUCAGUCUGUCUUCAAAUAGGUGAAACUUUUGCUGCAUAUCAAGACACAAAUACUGCACUAAAGUUCACUACCACUGCUCCAUUGCUAACAAGUCGGGGUGUCAUCAAUCAGUUAAUGGGAUAUCUGCCUUGUGCCAUGAAGGACUAUCAACAAGCAAUUACUGUUGAUCCAAGCUAUGCAUUAGCCUACUUCAAUGCAGGAAAUAUCUACUUCCAUAAUCGACAGUUUUCACAGGCAUAUUGCUAUUAUUCCAAAGUAUUACAACUUGAUCCAAGAAACGAAUCUGCUGUUAUGAAUCGUGCUAUUACAAAUACAUUACUAAACAAUACUGAAGAAGCAAAAGAAGACUUUGAGAAGGCAAUUGGUCUCUGCCCAUUCUCUGCAGCACUGUAUUUUUACAGGGCAAAUUUCUAUAAUGGAUUGAAGCAAUAUGAACUAGCAGAGAAAGAUGUUUCAACAGCAUUGACAAUUCAGCCUAAUGAUGCCAUGAUGUAUAAAUUUAGAGCUGAUAUCCGUGGUAAAUUGGGUUUAAGUAAAGAGGCUGUAGAAGACUACAAACAAGCAAUCAGCAUUCAAGAACAGAUUCAUUCCACGUGA